CGUUAUAACAUGCGCUAACGUCAAGUGUUCGGCUGGAUUGGUAUGCAAGAUGGUAGGGAACUUGCCACGGUGCUUAGGACCAUGUGCCACCAUCAAAUGUGGAUCUGGUGAAAUAUGCAAGAUGGUAGAUAACAAGCCAAAAUGUGUAGAUCCUUGUGCGAAUAUCACCUGUCCCAAGGAGAUGAUGUGCGUACUGAAAGAGGUCCAAUGUAUCAAAGCACCCUGUUACCCACAGCCAUCAUGCGUGUCAAAGCCAUAUCUAGGGUGCACCGUGUACAAGGACUCCGUGUGUCAUCAGAACGCCACUUGCGUUGAGGUCAGGAACAAGACCAAAUCCGUUUGUCUGUGUCCCAAUGGAACAGUCGGGGAUGGCAAGAGAACCAUCGCCAACAGUGGAGAGAAGCACAUUGGAUGCUCUGAACCCAAAUGUCCCGAAGGACAGAUCAAGGUUGACUUACAGUGCCUUAGCUUCCCCAAGGACCCACAGACCCCAGACAAAGCUGAGAAGAAGUGUGAGCUCCAGGGUGGCCAUCUGCUGACCCUGUCCACGGACACGCAAUGGAAGGCGAUGAAGGAUGAACUGGUGAAGGCAGGGCAGACAAAACAGGUCCUGAUUGGAUAUACCGACGCCGAUAUAGAAGGCCAGUUCGUCUGGGUGGACAACACGGCUUAUGAUAAAUGGGCUCCGGAAGAACCCUCCACAAUAGAUAGCCAGAAAAAGGAUUGUGUGGUGAUUGAUCCUUCUAAAGGCUUCGAGUUUGUGACAGUCCCUUGUGAUGGGAAGUACGCUUAUGCUUGCAGUCGAGACCUGAACCCUUACAGGCCCUGUCCACCAGGUUGGGCAUACGAUUACGAAAAAGGAGGCGAAGACUGCUACUUUGACAAACCCGGCAAUAAAAGCUUUCACGAUUCGUACAUGACUUGUGUCCAGCAUAGCGGUGACUUGAUUAAGAUAACAAGCAAGGAGGAUGAAGAAAAAGUUAAGGCAAUGCUUACGAUGCCCGAAGGCGUUAAAAUGUGGAUCGGGGUCCGCCUUACUACUAGAGGCCGCUGGGAGUGGCUUCUGGCCGGCGAAUGGUCUGAAGCAACCUACACCAACUGGGCGAAAGACGAGCCCAGGGUCGGCAACGAAUGCGCCGUGAUUGACAGCGAUAUGAAAUGGUACAGCAUGCACUGCAAGAGCGGGACUGCGAUGGUGAAGUGCGAGAAAGGACAGAAUGAGGACGAGUCUUGCCCUGAGGGCUCGCAGCGCUUUGGAGGGUAUUGCUAUCACUCCAGCAAGAACCAGCUAGGAGGGGGAGAGGCAAGCGCGACAUGUGAACAAAGAGGUGCCAAGCCAGUCACCAUCAGAAAUGAACAGGAACAGAUAUUCAUCGCCAAUUAUCUCUCAAGUCAAUUCACUGGCAAAGACUUUUGGAUAGGUCUUACUGAAGACAACACGACCGACGGUGCAUACACAUGGUCUGACGGAACAAUCUUCGGAAAUGGAAGCUACUCCAGCUGGGGUUCGAAGCAGCCAGAUGAUAACAAUACGGGAAGCUGUGUUGGUCUCGACCAUAGUGACGGUUUCAAUUGGAACGACGCUGACUGCGCGGAGAAAAAAUACCCCCUUUGUUAUUACAGAAACCAGGCCUGCGCAGCGGAAGGCGAGUGUCACAAAAAAGGCGAUUGCAAAUUGGGCCAGUGUCGAUGCAGAGAUGGGUACGCCGGCGACGGGAAGAAGCUGUGCUUUGAUGUUGACGAAUGCGAAGACGAAAAAUUGAAUAAUUGUCACGAACACGCUAACUGCACCAAUACAGGCGGUUCGUUUAAGUGUACGUGUAUGGAGGGAUAUGAGGGAGAUGGCGUCAAGUGCAAAGAUGAACGUAUUUGCACUGACGAUUCAAAAUGCAGUUCGAAAGGAAAGUGUCAAUUCAACGAGACCGGCGGUGACAAUAAGUGCGUGUGCAAUCCUGGCUUCGAGGGUAAUGGCAUCGAUUGCAAAGACACGAACGAGUGUAUUCCAACGCCAGUAUCUCCGCUAGGCCCGUGUCAUCCCAGUGCAUCCUGCGAGAACAAAGAGGGUAGCUUCGAGUGUAAGUGUAAGAACGGAUUCAAAGGCGACGGAGAAGUCGGCGAAGAAAAAACAGGAUGCGAAAAGAUACCAAUGACUUGUGACGAGGUAAGACUAGCUAAAGGAAAGCCGGACGAGAAAGAAAAUCCGAAGGAAGAAGACCGCUACACCAUUGACCCUGACGGUACCGGUGACCUUGAACCAGUGAAGGUCAAAUGCAUCAUGCGACCUGAUGACGACAUCGGCAUAACAGUCAUUGACCAUGAUAAGGAAAAUCCGAACAACGUCCCACCCAAUAAUGAUGAUCCUCAAGAGGAUAAGUCUUCCUUGAGAUACAUAAUUGAUAUCUUGAAGAUAUUUGCCCUUAUUGAGAACUCUAAGUACUGCUACCAGGAAAUGUGGCACAAGUGCCAAACAGGUCAUGACUUCCUUGUCAACAACAACACCCUUUGGAAAGACGGCAAGGGAAAACUUCACAAUAGUUGGUCCGGUGCGCUGACAGAAGGAAAGUGUGUGUGUGGUGAACUGUCAGCCUGUAGAGAUCCCUCUUCACACUGUAACUGCGACGGCACUCAAGACGGUUCCGCCGAGGACGCUGGCUUCUUGACAAAGAAGAAGUUUCUGCCAGUGACGGAAGUCUGGUCAGGCGGUAUCAAAAAUGGCAAGUCUACCUAUUGGAAAGUAGGACCUCUCAAGUGUGGACCAAAGCCAUUCGACAUCCCGAAAGAUUGCCACGAGGCAAAAUUCAAACUUGGAAUGAAGACCGACCGCAUCCUCCUGAUAGACGUUGACGGACCGAAUGGGGUCACAGAGCCCGUCUAUGUCAACUGUGACAUGACGACCUAUCCUCAAACAGGUGUUACCAUGUUACCCCAUGACAAUGGCCACGGGCCCCCCAGCAAUCCAAACAAACCCAAAGGGAAGACAGGGCCAGGCGAACCACAGGAACCGACCUCACCCGACGACAUACCACUGGUUUACCCGGCCUCGCCAGAGCAGAUAAAGAAGCUCAUUGAAAUAUCCCAGUUCUGUUCUCAGUACGUUGAGUUUGAAUGCACGAAUCACCCGAUAACCUCGGAUACCGAAUGGUAUGACAUCGACGGCAACAAGGUAGCCCACUUCCCCGGCGGUAAUGCGCAGAGGCAGUGCGCCUGUGGCGUAGUCGGGCGAUGUGAAGACAACAAACAAUGCGAUUGCGACAUCAAGGACGGCAAAACCAGAAAAGAUUUCGGCUUGUUAACAAAAUCUGGCCCUCUACCAGUCGGAAAGCUGAAAUUCAAGAAGGUUGGGAAGGGUGGUGCGAAGGGAAAGUUUAGCGUUCACAUGUUAAAGUGCGGCCAAGCCCAGUUCGGCAUUCCACCAACGUGCCAAGAGGUUCGCAAGAAGUCAGAUAAAACGUAUGCAUACCUGAUAGAUCCGGAUGGCAGAGGCAAGGUCUUGGUCCCCGAUAAUACUAACGCCCCUUUCAUGGUCUAUUGCAAAAUGGUCAAGGAACCGCCACUAGGUAUCACUGUUAUUGGUCACCCAGAUGACGGAACGGAAAAAGGCCCAGACCCAGGCCCGCAGACCGAUACACCCACAUACUAUGACGCCACCCUCAAACAGAUCAAGGGUCUGACUAAGAUCGUAGCAUACUGCAAGCAACGCAUCACCAUUAAUUGCAAGAAAUUCAAACUCCAUGAAGGAGCAUCACAGUUGGUGUCCUGGAAGGAUGUAAACGAUAAUACCAAGUACUACUUCUCUGGAACGACUGGUAACUCAUGUGAAGACAAUAAAUGCAACUGUGAUACACGGUCAAAUUCAUGGGUUUCCGACAGUGGUUUCCUCAUGGACAAAGACCAGCUCCCCGUGACGAAGGUCGUUGUAGAGAACCUCGCGGCGGCUUCGGCGCAAAAUGGAGGAGCCAAGAUCAAAUACAAGCUAGAGGCCAUGGAGUGUUACAGUCUGUUCCCGACGUGCUAUCAUCUACAGCAGAGGUAUCCCUCAUAUGAUGACUUCAAGAUAAGGGAUGGAUAUUACGUGAUUGACGCCGAUGGUCCCGAUCCUGUCGAGCCCUUCCGAGUGUACUGUGACUUCCCCCUUACACAGGUCAAACCUGAUCCUAAAAAUGCUGAGAAGGUGAACUCGAAAGACGAUGAAGCAGAGGCUGUUGGUGAUAAGACAAAAUGUUUCGACGUUAAAUACAAGGAUGCUACCUAUGAACAACUCAAGGCUCUGACCAAAGUUUCUGGCUUCUGUAAGCAGUUUGCCGUCUACUGGGGUUGGAAUGCCCCGUUCACUGGUCAUAUGUACUGGGAGAAUACAGCUGAUGGGGUAACGUGGGCAAAACAGCCAGGCUGGGCUGGUAGUCUCGGGGCCCCAAAGUGCGCCUGUGGCCCCAUCAAGAGCUGCACUAACGGCCGCGAUAAGAGCUGCAAUAGCGACGCGGAGUCCGGCAAAUGGGAGUCAGACCACGGCGAAUUCAUUGACAAGAGCAUCCUUCCCGUGAAUAGGUUCUGUCACAAUUACAAGGACAACAAGAAAGGGAGAUGGUCCCAGCACAGAGUUUACAAACUGGAGUGCAGCAACAAGCAAUUUCAUAUUCCCGAAUCCUGUCAAGAAUUGAGGGACUGGAAAUACUGGACCUACGGGUACUUGCGGUCGCUCAAUGCUGGGUUUCCAGGGAAAACGCCUUGGCUGAUCGACCCUGAUACGCAGAAAUCAGACAAGCUCAAACCAUUCAUUGUUCUCUGCGACUUCGUGCAUAAUCCGCCUAUUGGGAUCACGAUCAUCAACCACAAUGACGAAGACUGCGAAGACAUCAAAUCGACAGAAGUUACAAAGACAUUCACAUACCUCGAAGCCACCAAGGCCCAGAUAGUAGGCCUGACCAAGGUCUCCACCUUCUGCACUCAGAAUGUGAGAUACGAGUGCUCUAAUGACAAGUUAGCACUCGAGAAGGACAAGUAUGGCUGGUGGGACCGAGACAACAAGUGGGUUGAUCAUUGGUCUGGAAAUAACCAUGGAGUAUCUUGCAAGGGGGCAGACUGUAAGUGCCAGGGUACAGGUCACCAUGUCGAUGGCCAGAUGGUUAUGGAUAAGGAAAUCCUGCCAGUAUCAAAGGUGGUAGCCAAGGCCACGAGUGGAAAGCGAAAGCUCUGUGUUGAAUCUCUCGUAUGUUAUGCGCUUUACCGCAGUUGCCACGAAAUCCGGCGCUCCAACAAUCACUGGAAUCCACUUCGCAACAACAUCUACGCCAUUGAUCCCGAUCGUGCCAAACUCAGGAGGCCAUUCGCCGUGACCUGUGAUUUCAAGACAGACAAAGGUUACGGCAUAACGAUCGUUAAUCACAACUCAAAUACCUUCAAACCUACCAAAAACGGAAUAAUCGAAAUCACCUACCCAGCGACAAAAGACAUCUCCGCACCACACCUUACCAUCCAAGGCCUUGCAGAGAUUUCUGGUUACUGCUCACAGGAGCUGAGGUACAAAUGCACAAAAGCGCCUCUCCUGGGCAAAUUUGGAACCUAUUUCAGCGACUUUGCUGGCAGGUAUAUCAACCUGUGGUCUGGAGCGGACAACAGCGGUGCUGCAGACACCUGUGGCUGUGGUCUCUUCAAUACCUGUCCUACCCCGGGAGCAAAGUGCCGCUGUGACGGCUUAAAUACGUCGCCACGAUCUGGUGAUGGAGGCCUAGUCUGGAAUCGUGACUUGAUGCCAGUGAAGAGCAUCCAUGUUGGAGGACUUGGGUCUGGAUCCAAGGUUGAAAUUCUCUUGGGGCCCAUGCGGUGCAGUCCUCGACCAUUCAACCUGCCAAAAGACUGUCAGGAGGUCCUGAACAAGGGAUACGGCACCGGCGAACACCUAAUCUGGCCAAAGAAAAGUUUGCAACCAUUCUUGGUGACAUGUGACAUGGAUAUCAAAGCAAAAUUAGGGGUUACGAUAUUUGUUCCUAAGAUAAAAGAGAACAGUAUUCCUAGUCAUGGAAAGGUUCCAGUAGUCUACAGGGAAGCCACUAUUGAGCAGGUCCUUGCACUGGUCGAAAUAAGCGAGUUCUGCCUUCAUCCCCUCAAGUACAAGUGCAGAUCAUCUAAUAUGUUUGCAAACUCCGACAAGGGUCGAUUCAGCUUCAAGAAUGCCAAGGACCAAGAGAGACGGAACUUCGCCCACGGGGGAGAUGGCAAGUGUGGCUGUGGGAAGGAUAAGCGAUGCAGCGGGCCUGGCUCACCCAAAGAUAUCAACACUAGAGUAUGCAACUGUGAUAGUGGCGAUAACGUUACCCGCUUAGACGCGGGCUCCUUCAAUAAUAAGGCUGACUUCCCCAUCAAGGAAUUUAACUUUGGCAGUGGUUCAUACGAUUACAGUCUCUUCACUCUAGGGAAUCUUUAUUGCGCAAGAGGCCAAUUCGACUAUGAUGAAUGUUCCGAGUUCAACGAUUGCGACCAAAAUGCCAAAUGUGUUAAUCACGACCCUGACUUCGAUUGCCGGUGCAAAAAGGGCUGGCAGGGCAAGGGAACUACUGCCAGUGCCACGGGAAGGCAAUGUCCAGAUGACGAUGAAUGCAAGAUGGCUCCAUCUCCAUGUCCACAGGACCGAGCGAACUGCACCAACACGCCCGGAGACUUCAUCUGCAAAUGCCAUGCAGGUUACGAGCAGACCGGGAAGUCAACUUGCGUUGACAUCGAUGAAUGUGCCAACAAGACCCACAACUGCGAUGAAAAUGCAAACUGUGUUAACACCAUUGGUUCUUUCUUGUGCCGCUGCAAGCAAGGGUUCAGAGGAACAGGUAUAAAGGGAGAUUGCGAAGAAUUCGGUAGUUGCGCCUGCUAUGGUGAUCCCCACUGCAGCUCAUUUGACAAGAAGUCACUGCAUUUCCAAGGAGCGUGCACCUACACGAUGGUCAGGGAUCGGUGCACCGAGGGCAGAAUACCAAACUACGAGGUCGCACAGAAGUCUUCUCGGCGAGGAAACAUCCAAGCGCCACUCGUGUCAUGGGUAAAAAAUGUCAUCAUUAAGAUUGGAAUGGCACAGAAUUACCUAAUAUGGCUAGACGAAGGCAAAUCUGUCUAUAUUAACUCAGAGGAGGUGACUUUGCCUGUUACUGUCAGCGACCUAAUAACUGUCAAUGGAGUGAACAUGUCCUACACGAUUAAAAUAGAAGGAAGCGAAGUUGUGGUACGCUUUGCGAAUAAACUGGAAGUGCGGUGGUCAGGGACAACUCGAGUUGAUGUCAUCGUGCCAAAGGAAUUUAAAACCAAGACCUGCGGACUUUGUGGUAACUUCAAUAACAACGAAGCUGAUGACUGGACCAUUGGGCCGGCUUGUAAAGAUGCGGGAAAGCUGACAACCAACAAUAAUAAAUUUGGUAACUCCUGGCAUACAGACAACCCGACCUACAUGCCUUGCUUUUCUGACUGCGACCCCGACCCUACUCCUGAUUGUUCAGGACCUAUGCGAGUCAGCGCGGAGGCCAAGUGUGCUAUCCUCAAGGACCCGAAAGGCAAAUUUAAGGUGUGUUUGGAUGCUGUCCCCGCGAGAUUUGGGGAUUCAUUUGGGGAAACCUACUAUUCGGCUUGUGUAUAUGACGUGUGUCGAGCGCCAAAUAAGGCUGAACUCAGUAUUUGUGAGGCUGCAUCAACGAUGGUCGAAGAGUGCAUGCGCGCAUUCUAUGUUGAAGUGAAAAAUUGGAGAACGAAGGACUUUUGCGAGAUAACAUGCAGUGAGGGUAUGGUCUACAAGACGUGUGGGAGCCCUUGUGAGAUAAAGACGUGCACUUCGGCCAAUUCGUCGAAGCCCGUGUGCAUUCAACUGUGCAAGGAGGGCUGUUUCUGCAAGCCUGGACUAGUUAUGGAUGGAGAUAAGUGUAUUAAACCGGAGGAUUGUGGAUGCACGGAAAACGGGAGAUAUUUUUCAGCUAACGAGACAUUCGUCAGACCUAACUGUUCGGAGUCGUGUAUCUGUGACAGUAAAACAGGAAAGUUGGUUUGUACCAAAAUUAACUGUGACAAAGAUGCAAGCUGUGCUAUCAAGGGUGGAAAGAAGAACUGCUACUGCGACAAGGGCUUUGAAGGCGACGGACAAGAUUGUGACGAUAUUGACGAGUGCAAGAAUUCUGCCAAGCCCGUCUGUGACAAGAAUGCCUUCUGUAAUAACACGUAUGGUUCAUAUAACUGUACCUGUGAAAAGGGAUUUGAAGGCGCUGGCCGUGGUGCAGGAAGCUGUGCUAAUAUCGACGAAUGCGAACGGAAGACACACAAUUGUCAUAAAAAUGCUGAAUGCUCCGACACUACUGGAUCAUUUAACUGCGACUGCAAAGAAGGUUACUCAGGGAACGGCACCAAUUGUGAUAACAUCGAUGAAUGUACGACAGGCAGAAACCGGUGUGAUAAGAUCGGCACGACCUGUCGAGACACCGAUGGAAAGUAUGCUUGUGACUGCAAGAAUGGAUUCUCCAGCAGAGUCGACGAUUUUGAGUGCAAAGACGAUGACGAAUGUACUGACCCCAUCUAUAAAAACAACUGCCAUGAAGAUGCUGACUGCAGCAAUGCUCCCCCCGGGAAAUUCAGUUGUAAAUGCAAGGAAGGCUACAUCGGGGAUGGAGUCAACUGCACAGACAAGGACGAAUGCGAGGACCCCAAGGACAAUAGCUGCGACCCCAAUGCAAACUGCACCAACAGCAUCGGCUCAUAUAGCUGUAAAUGUAUUGCUGGUUACAAAGGAGAUGGCUUCACCUGUGAAGACAUAGAAGAAUGCAUAGAGCAACGCUUGACAGUAAUAUGCAAUCAAGAUACUGAGGUUGCAGAAUGCAUCAACACAGUUGGUUCGUACGAAUGCGAGUGUAAGGACGGCUAUGAGGGUGAUGGGGUCACUUGUGUUGAUAUCGACGAAUGCAUUACUCUAGGCCCUACAGCAUGCGGCGAUGACUCCGAGUGUAACAACACUCGUGGUACAUACACCUGUGAAUGUGAGGAUGGCUACGCGAGUGCCACCAACGAUGGCAAAAAUUGCGAAGACAUUGACGAAUGCAAAGAUCCCAAGAAAUCGCCGAAAUGUGAUAUCCGUGAGACAGACAAUGUUUCCCACGGCUUCUGUGUGGACAACCCUGGAGACUAUGAGUGCAAGUGUAGUCCAGGCUUCAUAGACGUGAAGGGGGAUGGAUCGUACUGUAAAGAUAUCGACGAGUGUACUACCGUCCCUGACACUUGUGGUGAUGAGAAUGCCUUGUGUAAAAACACCCCAGGCUAUUUCAAAUGUACCUGUAAAGAAGGUUACCGGGACAACGGGGCAUAUUGCGAAGACAUUGACGAAUGCGCAGAGGAUAUUGAUGAAUGCGACAGUAAGGCUGAUUGUGUUGAUGUGGAUGGAACGUACGUUUGUACUUGUCAGGAUGGCUACAAGAGUGCAGGAAAUGGCGGACGCAAGGGCGAUUGCAAAGAGGUAGACGAGUGUAAAGACAACCUCAUAGGCUGUGGCCCCAGAGAGGAAUGCAUUAGGAAUGGACCAACCGACUACUCGUGUAAAUGCAAGGAGAAGUUUGAACCCAGGCCGAACGGUCAACUAGGCUGCAGAAAGCCUGACCUUUGCAAGAACAUGACAAAUACUCCUUGCUUUGAUGUGACAGAGUUUUGUAUCCCUAAAAAAGGAGGGGAGUUUGACUGUGGCUGUAAGGACGGAUUCAAGAAGAACCCAAGUAGCAAUUCCUCCAACGAUCGAUGCGAAGACGAAAACGAAUGCAUUGAGGGAUCUCAUGUUUGUCACAAACUAGCCGACUGUCACAACACAUUCGGAGGCCAUAGCUGUUCGUGUAGGAAGGGAUAUGUUGGAGAUGGGCAGAAUUGCAAAGAUGAUAACGAGUGUGAGAAGAAACCAGCACCAUGCAAAGGUCCGAAGGCGAGGUGCAUUAACACACACGGCAGCUUCAAGUGCAAGUGCGGCCAGGGUAACAAGCUGAAAGGAGACACGUGCGAAGAUCGCGACGAGUGCGUGGAAAAAAGGCACGACUGCCGUAAGAGUGCUGUGUGCAAUAACACGGAAAACGGUUUCCAGUGCGACUGUAAAAAUCCAGCCGACCUCAAGGAUAGAGAUGGAAAGGGUUGUCAUCCAAACAACGACUGCUCGGAAGAUCCAACGAUUUGCAUUAGCUCCAAGGAAUGCGUCCGAAAGAAUGGGAAGAUGAGAUGCGAGUGUAAGGAUGGAUACAAACCAGUUGGUAUUACAUGCAAAGAUAUUGAUGAGUGCGUGGAGUCUGGAAUACCACCCUGCAAUGGCCCACACCAGCGCUGCGUCAACAAAAUACCUGGGUUCGAAUGCAAGUGUGACGAUGGCUAUAGACGUUUGCAAAAUGGCAGAUGCAAAGAUAUUGAUGAAUGCAAAAGAGACAAGCCCAAGGCAUGCGGCACGAAUGCAACAUGUAAAGAUACUGAAGGCAGCUACGAGUGUUCAUGUCGUUUGGGGUUCAAGUUACUGCCAGACAAAUCCUGCGAAGAUAUUGACGAAUGCCGAAACAAAAAAAAAGCCGGCUGCGAUGAUCUAGCUGACUGCAUUAACACAAUUGGAUCACAUAUUUGUGAAUGCAGAGAGGGCUACUCCGGCAAUGGAAAACGAUGCGAGAAUAUCAAUGAAUGCAACGAGAAACAGCACAAAUGUCACGAGAAGGCUGUAUGCAAGGACACUGUUGGUUCGCACAUUUGCACGUGCAUCGACGGUUUCACGGGAAAUGGCAGACAUUGCAAAGACAUCAAUGAAUGUGACGAAAAUCGAAUUCGUCACAACUGUGGCAAGCAUGCGAAGUGUGUUAACUUAUAUGGAAGUUUCAAAUGCGAAUGCGAGGACGGAUUCGCUGGUCACUGUGAUCAGUGUAGAGACAUUGAUGAAUGCGUUGAGGGUAAAGCAAAGUGUAGCACAUAUGCAACAUGUACAAACUACGUUGGCGGAUUCAACUGCAACUGUAAGAAAGGCCUCUUUGGAGACGGACACAACUGCUGGGAUUUUGAUGAAUGUGCCCUUGGGAUCCACGAGUGUGGUGACCAGUCGUUUUGCGAGAAUACCUUCGGUGGCUAUAUAUGCGUGUGCAACAUUGGAUACAAGUCUGUUGAAGACUCUCGCAAGGGCCAAAAAUGCAUCGAUUUUGACGAAUGCUCCAAUUCACUUGGAGGUUGUAAUGAGAAUGCCGAAUGUAUCAACACAGUAGGCUCCUACAUUUGCCAGUGUAAAGUAGGUUUUUCAGGUGAUGGCAAGGAGUGCAAUCCCAGCAAUGUCAGAAACUGUGGCGACAAGACGUGUCAUGAGAUGGCAAUGUGUGAGGACGGUGUAUGCAAAUGUCGAACAGGCUUUACUGGAAAUGGUGUAUCUUGUACUGAUGUUGACGAAUGUAAGACAGGGAUGGUAUAUUGUCAUGCCUCGGCCGACUGUAUCAACACACCAGGGUCCUUCCUCUGCAGAUGUCGAUUCCCAUUCCUCGGAAAUGGUGAAAUCUGUUUUCCUUUUUGGAACCCCUGUAUGGGAGGUUUGGCAUGUGGCAAAGCCGCCUCGUGUAAACCUAAGCAGGUUGGACGCUUUGGAAAAGGAUCUGUAUCAAUUCCGCAAUGUCUCUGCCUCGAUGUCAACAAGAAAUUGGACUCAAGGGAAUUCCACUGCAUAGACAAGAAUGAGUGUCUGGACCCGAACUACUGUGCCGUGAAUCAGGAAUGUCUAGACUACACUAAUGGCGCUGCCUGCGUGUGCAACCCUGGAUUUGAGAGUGUUGACGGCGUUUGUACAGAAAUAAAUGCUUGUGACUCGAAGCAACACCUCUGUGAUCCAAGUCAGGAAUGCGUCUUCCGUGGCAAUGGAAAUGGUUACCUUUGCGAGUGUGGCAGUGGUAUGAAGGAAAACCCAGUUACCAAAACGUGCGAGCCAGUGCCUCAAUGCAUCAAGGAUUGUGGUGAAGGAAAAACCUGCAAGAUUGUUGGACCAACGAACGAGGAGACUUGUGUAUGUCAAACUGGCUACACACUGGCACAUCCAAAUGGACCUUGUGUUGAUGAUGACGAGUGCCAAACCUGGGGAGCUCGUGAAUGUGACUUGAAAAAUGCUAAGUGUGCCAAUACUGAAGGGAGUUUCAAGUGCAAAUGCAAGGACGGCUUCCUUCUCAUCAGCGGAAUGUGUCUUCUCGAACCGUGUUUGGAUGGUAAAAAUGCUUGUGAACUUGGAGAGAGAUGUAUUCCCGAUGAUACGGAGGCGAAGUCCUACCGCUGCGAGUGUAAAACAGGCUACAAGAAGGAAAACGAUAAGUGUGUUGAAGACAAAUUACCUGAUUGCAACUGUGGGCCACACGGUGUCUGUAAAACAUCAACAGAAGGGGCAGCCCUUGGAAAAUGUCGAUGUGACAACGGUUUCAGAAUAGACCCGAAAGCCGUUAAAGACAUCUGCGUCGAUGACAACGAGUGUAACCGGCCUGAUGCAUGCCAUCCUCUUGCCAUCUGCACCAACACGCCCGGUAGCUUCACAUGUGAAUGCCUGAAACCCAACUUUGUAGGGGAUGGUGUCCAAUACUGCGAUCUAAAUGAAUGUUUUUAUAAAAAAGACAACGUAUGCCAUGAGAAGGCAGACUGCAUCAACGAACCUGGAAGCUACAAGUGCAAGUGUCACGAAGGUUACAGGGGCGAUGGAAUCACUUGCGAACCCGAGCCUGACCCAUGCCUUAUCAAAAACGGCAACUGUCCUUUAAACAGUUACUGCCUAACUAAGAAAUUGAAAGCAAAGUGCGUCUGCAAUAGAGGCUAUCGAGGUGACGGCGGGAGUUGCGUCGAUGUCGACGAAUGUAAAACUAAAGGAUUGUUACAAAAUAAGUGCGUUCCGAAUUCCAAAUGCCAGAACUAUCUUGGAGGUUAUAUGUGUGAAUGUAUGACUGGUUAUGAAGGGAAUGGAUGGGAGAAAUGUGAUGAUAUUGACGAGUGUGAGACUGGAAAGCACACAUGCCAUGCACGAGCAGACUGUAGCAAUACUGUCGGCAGUCACAAGUGUACAUGCAAAGAAGGAUUUAAGGGCGAUGGUCUCUUCUGUGUCCCUGAUGCCAGAUGCAAGAAUGUCGGUGGAUGUGGGGCUAAUGCCUCGUGUGAACCGAAGGACGACGGAUUCGUAUGUAAAUGUGAUGAAGGGUUUACAGGCGAUGGACAAACCUGCAAAGAUAUCAACGAAUGUGCAAACAAAAAAGACAAUAACUGUCACAAGAACGCCAAGUGUAAAAACAAAGACGGUGGAUACGAGUGCGACUGUAAACCAGGCACUGCUGGAGAUGGAAAGCUCGUGUGCAGAGACAAGAAAGAAUGCGUGGAGCCUGGUGGCAAGAAGUGUGGCCAACAUGCUCACUGUGUAGACAGGUUCGAAGACAGAGCCGUCUGCAAGUGCAACAAGGGAGCCGAACGGGUUGGGGGAAAAGGAAAAUGCCUGCCCAUCAACGAAUGCGCUAAUGACAGUUUGAACGAAUGCGACAAGGAAAAUGCAGAUUGCGAGGACACGACAACGGCCUACACCUGCAAGUGCAAGGAUGGCUUCCGUGGAAAUGGGGAGAAUUGCAACGACAUUGACGAAUGCAAAGAAGGCUUGGCAAACUGUGACAAGAAUGCCCUCUGCAUCAACACGCCUGGGAACUACACCUGCAAAUGCCUCAAGGGAUUUCUCGAAGGCAAGGAGAACUGUACUGACAUCAAUGAGUGCGAAGAUCCGAAAACAAACAUCUGUGCUGAGCAGGCUGAUUGCGAUAAUAAGGAUGGGUACUAUGAGUGCACGUGCAAGGAUGGGUUCGUCGGAAACGGACAACAGUGUGUCAAACCAAACCCUUGCGAUGCUAAACCAAAACCGUGCUUCAAAAAUGAGGAAUGUUCUGAAGAAAAGGGAAAGGCUGUGUGUGCUUGCAAGGAAGGACUUGAGAAAAACUCCACGGGAAAAUGCGCUCCUGUUAAUGAAUGUGCAAAUGGGACUGCAAACUGUGACCCUAAUGCUGACUGUAUUGAUAAGUAUUUUGGCUUCGAAUGUAAAUGUAAGAAGGGAUUCACUGGCAAUGGAACGAAGUGCGACGAUAUCAACGAGUGUGACCCGAGCACACCUGAGGGUGGUGGUGGCGGAUGUGACAGCACUGGUGGUGUAUGCGUCAAUACCCCUGGAGGCAAUUUUUGUACCUGUGACAAGGAUUUAAAGGAAGGCCCGAACAGCUCCUGCGAAGGUAACCCCCUUUGCGAUAAAGAUAAUGGUGGAUGCGAUGGGAAUGCCAAUUGUACGGACGGUCAAGGUCGAUCCGUAUGCGUAUGUAAGGAAGGAUUUGAUGGUGAUGGAAAGAACUGCACGGACAUUAACGAAUGUGCACUCAAGCAAGAUGAAUGUUGGGGUACACGAACCUGUAAAAACAAGGAGGGUGGGUACACGUGUGACUGUAAAGAAGGCUUCAAGGAGAACACUACCACCAAAGAAUGCGAAGAUAUUGAUGAGUGUGCAGAGAAAACUGACGACUGCAAAGGGAAUUCAACCUGUGUUAAUCUUCAGGGCGACUUUGCCUGCGUGUGCAUGCCUGGCUUCAGGGGAGAACCAUGUGAAGACAUUGAUGAGUGCAAAGAGGACAUUCACCCAUGCAGUGAAUACGCCACCUGCACAAAUACAAUUGGUAACUGCACAUGUGACUGCAAUCAUGGCUACAAGGGAGAUGGAAUAAUCUGCGAAGAGGAGGACGAAUGCAGGCUUCCAUCAGACUGUGAUACCAAAACCAGCUUCUGUAAAGUCAAGGAUGGCCAGGACAUAUGCGCCUGCAAGGCCGGGUAUAAAAAAGUGGGAGACAAAUGUGUUGAUAAAAAUGAGUGUGUACUGAAGAAGGACAAAUGCCAUCCCAAGGCCAGCUGUAAGAACAAGGAGCCAGGGUAUUCAUGUACAUGUAAAGAGGGAUACAAGGGGGAUGGCUUCAACUGUGUUGAUGUUGAUGAAUGCAAAGAAAAGAAGGACAACUGCCACGCAGAUGCCAAGUGCAAAAACAACGAUGGGUCCUUUAAAUGUAAAUGCAAGAGAGGAUUCACAGGAGACGGUGUCAAGAAAUGUGACAAUGACAAUGAGUGUGAUAAGCUCAAAAGUCCCUGUUCACCUAAUGCCAAAUGCAAGGACAAGCCGGGAUCAUUCACUUGCAAAUGUAAAAAAGGCUACAGAGGUGACGGCAAGAAUUGCACUCAAAUUAACGAGUGUGAUGAAGGCCCGCAUGACUGUGACGUUCUAAAUGGAAAAUGCAAGGACCUUCCUGGGUCAUUCGAAUGCGAAUGCAAUCCUGGAUUCACAGGCGAUGGAAAGCGCUGUAAAGAUAUCAACGAGUGUGACUUGCCUGAUAGAUGCCCACCAGAGUCUAAAUGUAUCAAUGGCAGGGGCUCAUACACGUGUCAAUGCAACAUAGGAUAUGCUCUUGUAGGAAACUCAUGUGACGAUAUUGAUGAAUGCGAGGGAAAGCCGUGCGACUCCACGGCCAAGUGUAGGAACACGCAGGGCUCAUUCAAGUGUACCUGUCCCCGAGGGCACUGGAAGACGCCAUCAGGGAAAUGUGUUGAUAUCAACGAAUGUCUUAAAUACACGCCAUGCAAUGGAAAAAAAUGUCACAACACACCUGGAUCAUAUGAAUGUGUCUGUGAAAACGGAUAUGAGCAAGCCGGGAUAUACUGUGUUGAUGUUGACGAGUGUGAAGACGAUCCAUGCAUAGUAGGGGAGUGCAUCAACCAGCCUGGCGGAUACCGAUGCAAGUGCCCAGGUGGCUUCCUGGAGGUCCGCAAAAAGGAAAAUGGUGUACUCAAGUCCGCAUGCAAAGAUAUUAAUGAGUGUAUCCAGACUGGCCACAAUCCUUGCGGAAAUAAUGGGACGUGUAGGAACACGCAAGGCCAUUACAGAUGCCGAUGUGAUAAGGGAUUCUUCUUUUCAGCGAGGCAGGGAAAAUGUAUUGACAUCGACGAAUGCAGACUUCCAGAAAUCAAUCUACGGUCCGCUAAGUGCGAGAACGGCAAAUGCACAAACACAAUUGGGAGUUACACAUGUGAUUGCUUAUCUGGUUACACCAAGGUUGAUGGCAAAUGUGUUGACAUUGACGAAUGUAAGGAGAAACCAUGUGACCUGGCUGCAAAUUGCUACAAUACUGACGGUUCAUUCUAUUGUAUUUGUACGGAGAAUUACGCCGGUGAUGGCCGCUACUGCGAAGAUACCAAUGAGUGUUCAGUGCCAGACACUUGUCCCAACCCCAAAGGCUCAACGUGCGUCAACGAGAUAGGGGGCUACACAUGUACUUGUAACCCUGGAUACGCUGGUGAUACUUGUGAUCCAAAAGAUGAGUGUGCCAAUGUCAAUUGCACUCAAAACGCCUACUGCAUCAGUCAAGUGAUGGACAGUUAUCAAUGCCGAUGCAACCCUGGGAGUAUAGCCCCGUCCUGCAUGGAUGCGGACGAAUGCAAGAGCAACAUUGACAACUGUGACAUUAAUGCAGAAUGCUCAAAUACCAACCCCUAUUUCAAAUGUAAAUGCAAAUAUGGCUUUGAUGGAGAUGGACGGAACUGCAAGCCUCAAUGCCGCCCAAGUCUGUGCAAAGCGCCCAAACGCUGCGUGCUUAAUGACGGAGUUCCAAGCUGCGUGUGCACCUGCACUUCGAAGGGUUGCAUGGCAUCUGGCGAAGUGUGUGGCACGGAUGAACAAACGUACCUGUCCUACAAGGAGCUGGUGAUUAAGUCUUGUGAAGCAGGCAACAGGGUUAAGGUUCUACAUGAAGGUUACUGUGCAAGAACUUGCAACGACAUUCAGUGUCCUGAAAGGAAAGAAUGCUACUACGAUGAGAUGAAACGUCCAGGUUGUCGCUGCCCUGCCUGCAACCAUGAGGACAAGAUCUCAGGACCAGUCUGCACUAAACGAGGAAGAACUUUUAAAUCUAAAUGCGCGUUCAACUACAACAAGUGUAGCAAGGGAACCGAUGACGAAAUCGCCCAUGAUGGGCAGUGCACGACCAGUGGAAGGGAAUGCAAAGUAGGAGAGUGGACACGAUGGACUCCCUGCACCAUCACCUGUGGUAAAGGUCAACAGUCUAGGACCAGGGUCAUCACCAGGUCUGGUCCGAACUGCCCGAAGUUAAAGGACAUUAAGUACUGUUACAAAGAUGUCUGCAAUAACAGUCCGUGUGCGAACCAUACGUGCCCAGGAUUGGAACAGAUAUGUGAUAUCAAGCGAGAUGGAACGCCGGGUUGCUUUUGUCCUAAUUGUACUGAAGAAGCAGAUCAGGAAGUCUGCGCUAAAUUGGGAUCCAAUAAGAUGACAUUUACCAGCAUGUGCAAGCUGAGGCAGGCUUCUUGCAGGUUCCAAAAGAAAAUCGUUGUUAAAAACCAAGGCCAAUGCAAAGGUGAGCAACCCAAGUCUCCCUCAUCCUGCAAGACGAUGCCCAGAUAUCGCCCCUAUCGGAUGUACCACAAUGGUGAAAAAUUCAUAAGCAUGACGGUUUUUCGCGAUGGCUACUGUGAUGGAGGCUGCGGCAAAGAACUUGGGGUCUGUUGUAAGCCGUAUAAACCAAGCGUGCAAUAUAGAAAAUCUUAUUUCAUAGGCACGUCUGGUAAAGUCUAUUAUGCCAGAUUUGGGUAUUAUUACGUCACGAGGUGUAAAUGCAUUGACACACGAAAGCCGCCCUCAAAGUCGGGUGCGCCUUGAACGCCUAAAUGAUUCGACCUGGGAGCGAUGGCAAGGAAGUCAUGUUCUGUUACAUAAGAAUCGACACAGGGAAUGUGAUGCGUCACGAUUUUUUUUCCUUCUGAUAGAAAUAUUGAAUUCCUUUUUGAAAAUUCCUUUUUAAUUUGAUUUUCUUAAUCAUCGUUGAUCAAUACUUUGAAUAAAUUAUCAUAUAUUGAAGAGAAGUAUCGACGACACACUGAAUAGUAGAAAUAAAGGUUUAUGACCUUCUGAAAAACCUUUUUGGCCAACACAAUAUUAUGCACCCCGUAUAGUUUUUUUCCGCCAAGUAGUUUUUCAGAAUCACAAAAACAAUUAAGAGUUUUUCAUAUCACUGAAAACCCGGCUGUACAUGAUGCAUAUCUGUAAAGGUUUUUGACAACCUCAAACAAACUUUUCUCUGGAUUUAAAUUGUGACGUUGUAAAGAUUUCCUAUGUAACAAUACAUUUUCCAUUAAUGAACUCCAAGAAAUGGCUCGAUGCAAUCUGUCGAUGGCUUGAUGCUAUUCGACAUCAAAAUAUUUAGGUUUUUUUUUAGUUUUUAGUGGAAAAGACUCAGAGAUACCGUUUUGCCCGUUUUUUUUAACCACCCUGUAUUAAUGUACAUGUAUGAAAGAAAGAAAGGUAAAGAAAAACGAUUAUUUGAACAGAGUAAGUCAAUAUUAGUUGUAUGAAAGAAUUAUGUUUACUAAUUAAAACGCCGAGGGGCGCGGGGCGCUACCGACAAUAUAGACAAUUUAAACAUACGGGCAAUGGUUUUCUGUGUCUCUUUCCCCUGAGUACACUCCGGCAGAUUUUUAUUCUUACAUCUUAGUUCCUAGUCAUUGUUAUUAUCAAAUGUCUUCUGCCGUUAAGAAUGAAAAAGGUCGUCUUGAUGCAAAGCUCCUUCUGAAGUUCGUUUGAAAUAACUGCCAUUGAACCUCCUUCCCAGGAAAACGAAUCGCCGGAAUUCGGACAGAAACACCACUAUUUCUCAUAACUCCAAGACACAUUUGUGUCCUUUUACGAAAUUUUACUUUAGCAUUCAGUUUACCUGGGUUUAUGAUGUGUGCAGGUUAUUUCAAAAGAACAUGACGGUACAUACACUUAAGGAUGAUAUUUUAAAAUGGGUAUUCAGUAAACUCUCAUUCUAAAUUUCUCCUCUCAAUUAUAAGUCCCUAGUCUUUAAAGCUAUCAAAAACAUGCUACCGAAAUAUCAUCCUGACGUAACUAGCGAUUCUCAAUAAAAAACCUGAUCAUAUCAAAUGACCUUAUCUCUUGCCUGUUGUGAUCGAGCAGUGAAUUGGCUGUGUAAUUUGACAUUCACGUGAAGAAGUACAUACUUGCAAUUGUUUUAGCAUUGUGUGGGACGGUGGCGAAGCUGCUAAAUGACUUGCGUUUGUUGAAGAAAACACCCUAAGACUCAUUGUUCGAUCUUGACAUCAGGCAAAGAUCAGUUAUUGUAGGCUAUCAUGCCUGACUGACUGAGUAGUUCGAAAUAUCUUGAAGUAAUUAAAUUCCAAACCUAAGGUAUCAUCCUAGUGUACCUACCAACAUAUGACGGUCGACCCCGGGCUUGUUAAGUAUUUCAUGAAGAGACGAAGGUUUGUCUAGAUUUCUACGGUUGGAUUGGCACAAGGAAACAGGGUCAUUCAAUAAUAAGAUAGAAAAUAAAAGCGCAGUCUGCCUGAA